ACACAUACACGUUGUGGAUUAGCCUGCCUGACUACCCGUUCGGAAUGAAUUCAUUAGCCAUGGAUAUCAGGCGAUUUUUGAAGAGACCAUCAAGUGCUUUCACUCACACAGAUGCCCGCAGAAGGCCUCAAGUACAAAACCAUCACCUGCGCCUGACGAGUUUUAUCUAAAGGACCCUCACCUGCGCCUGUCGAGUUUUAUCUCAAGGACCAUCACCUGCGCCUGACGAGCUGUAUCUGAUAUCCCCUCAGAGUGGGAGCGCUAAACUCAACUCCAGAAACUAUCUUCUUCUGGACCUCAUUGGACCCCGAUGGACCUCCGCUGGACUGGAACCUCCAGGUCUGCCCUCCUGGCACUGGUGUGUGUGUUGCUGUGUGCGGGGCUGCACUCAGAGGGGCGUGUGAGGGGCGGAGCCUCCAUGGUGUAUCUGAGGCGUUUCAUUGGCUGCGCCGUGAGGGAGUUCAGCUUCCUGGCCAAGAAGCCGGGCUGCGGCGGCCUGCACAUCACCACCGACGCCUGCUGGGGGCGCUGUGAGACCUGGGAGAAACCGGUGCUGGAGCCGCCCUACGUGGAGUCCCACCAGCGGGUGUGCACCUACAACGAGACGCGCCUGCUGACGGUGCGCCUGCCCAACUGCUCCGCCCACGUGGACCCCGCCUACACCUACCCCGUCGCCCUGCGCUGCGACUGCGCCGUGUGUCUGACCAGCACCACGGAGUGUGUCACGUCUGUCUGAGGACACACACACACACGCACGCACGCACGCACACACACUCUCUACUCACUGACACACACACAC